UAAUAAUUAAUCAUAAUUUUUUGAGAAUCAAGAAAUAUAUGAGCAAUAAUAGCUUGGCCUGCAGACUGCAACUUAAUUUUAGCAGGCUCAUUCAGGGAAAUUACCUAGUUGCUUCCAUUUUUUAUUAUAUACAUUUUGACUAAAAAAUUUCUGAUUAAGUUAACAGAUUCUGAGUGGAUAUUCUUAUUUUACAAUUCGAUAAAAUUUGAUGUUAGUACAGAGAAAAAAACAAACUUUAAAGUAAAAACACGACUCUCAUAAUUAUCAUUUUCAAUCACCAAUAGAAAAAAAAUCAUUCUGCUAUUAUUUAAUUGAACAUUCUAAAUUUAUAGUUUUUGACCUGACUAUAGGCUGAAGCAUCAGAAUCCAACUUGAGAUUUGAUUAGAAACUGAGAGAUAAUGUUUUGCCAACUUGAGAUAUGCAUAAACAUGUUGAUUAAGCCAAUUCAGUUUAAAGAUCUGAAAAUUACUUGCUUAAGCCAUGUUUUUAAUUCUUAAACUGCUGCUUAUUCUACCUUUUAGUUCUGUUUUCUUGACACACUAUGGUUUUGCUCAAACUAUAGCUACUAGUUCAAGUAACUAUCUGAUGAAAUUGUCUGUUGCAUAUAGAAGUUUUUAAAAAUAUACCAUCAAGUGAAGAAAUUUAUUGACAAGUACAUGUUUUUAGUUUAAUUGUUAGUCGCACGACUUGCUGACUUAUUUGCAUAGCAGCCGGCUAUCAAUCAUCUUUUAUUUUAUAUUAUCUGCAUAUUGUUUAUAGUAUACUAUCUAUGUAAUUACAAAAUGAAUUAUAAUUCUAAUUUAGAAAAAUAAAUUAUUGCUUUCCUCCAUUGAUUUUAUAGAGUGUUAGUGUCUGUCACAUAGCAGCUUUGAAAAAUAUUUGCUUAUUUAUGCUGUAUCAUUUCGGCCUAUGAAUCUGAACACAAUUGGAAAAUCUUAGAGUAGAGAACACUUCUGCAAGUCAAUAAUGAUUUCCAUGUUAAAAUUGCUGCAUUUUUUACUCAUUAGUUCAGUUUUCCAGAAAGUCCUAAGCUAUGGUCAAGAUCAAAGUCACUUCAUCUAUCAUGGAUUCAGUGGAUCCAACCUGAAUCUGAGUGGACUUGCAAUUGUGCAUCCUAAUGGUCUGUUACAGUUAUCAAACAUUUCAUCCCUCGAAGUUGGUCGCGCUUUCUUUCCGCUUCCUUUCAAGUUCAAUAAGUCUCUUUCAUUUUCUACCAACUUCGUUUUCGCCAUUGAUCCUCAGACACAUGCUGUUGGUAAGACACCUGCAAAUGGUGGCCAUGGUUUUGUCUUUGCUCUCCUACCAUCUUUGGAGUUUGCAAGCGGUUCAUCAACCGAAUACUUUGGGAUCUUCAAUAAAAAGACCGAUGACUUGUCUUCCAACCAUAUCAUUGCGGUUGAGUUUGACACGAUAGAGACUGUUGAUUCUUUAGACAUCGACAGCAACCAUGUUGGAAUUGAUGUCAAUAGUUUGACAUCUAUUGUGUCAGCUCCAGCAGCAUACUUUCGAGACCAUGAGGAAUCUAAGAACCUAAUGCUCAUAAGUGGAGACCCAAUGAAGGUAUGGAUAGACUAUGAUCAAGUUGAGAUGAUACUAAAUGUAACAAUAGCUCCUCUAGUAAGCAUAAGACCCGAAAAGCCUCUUCUGUCGAAAAAUAUCGAUCUUUCUUUGUUUGUAUCAGAUUCUAUGUAUGUUGGUUUCUCUGCAUCUACAGGUUCCAUGGCUAGCUACCAUUAUAUUCUUGGUUGGAGCUUUAACAAAGGUAUAGUCAUAAUCGCGUUGGCGGGGACAAGUGUUAUGUUGUUCCUUAUCAUUGUAGCGGUGUGUAUAAUUCAAAGGAAGAAGAAGUUUGGAGAAUUGCGCGAAGACUGGGAGAAGGAAUAUGGCCCUCAAAGAUUCUCUUACAAGGAUCUUUAUAAAGCAACUAAAGGAUUUAAAGACAAAGAACUUCUCGGAUUUGGAGGUUUUGGAAAGGUCUAUAAAGGAGUGUUACAAUCUUCUAAUACACAAAUUGCAGUAAAGAAAUUCUCUCAUGACUCUCAACAAGGGAUGAAGGAGUUUAUAGCUGAAAUUGCAAGCAUGGGAAGGCUCAGCCACAGGAAUUUGGUUCAACUUAUCGGCUAUUGCAGGCGAAAACGCGAGCUGCUCUUGGUUUAUGAUUAUAUGCCAAAUGGAAGCCUUGACAGAUUCCUAUUUCAGAAUGACACGCCGAAUCUUAACUGGGUCCAACGGUAUCAAAUCCUGAAAGGAGUUGCAUCUGCUCUUUUUUACCUUCAUGAAGAAUGGGAACAUAUUGUUCUUCACAGAGAUGUGAAAGCUAGUAAUGUGAUGUUGGAUGCUGAUCUAAAUGGCAGAUUAGGAGAUUUUGGACUGGCGAAGUUUCAUGAACGAGGUUCAAUUCCUGAAACAACUUGCGUGGUUGGUACAAUAGGAUACCUUGCACCAGAAGUUUCAAGAACAGGAAGGGUCACAACCAGCAGUGAUGUUUUUGCUUUUGGGACAUUGAUGCUUGAAGUGGCUUGCGGAAGAAAGACCAUUGAACCAUACAGACCAGCUGGUGAAGUGAUAUUAGCCGAUUGGGUUGUCGAAUGUUGGAAAAAAGGUGUGAUUCUUGAGAUAAGUGAUUCUAAGUUAAAUGGGAAAUACAUGGUGGAAGAAAUGGAAUUGGUUUUGAAGUUAGGAUUGCUUUGUACUCACACUACACCAACAGCCAGGCCUACCAUGAGGCAAGUUGUGCAAUAUCUAGACCGAAAAGUGGCCGUACCGGAGAUAUCGCCGGAUAAUACUCCUCGUACCGGUUUAGUCAUGUUGAAUCAACAGGCAUCUCAAGAUUUUAUUAUAUCCAAUGAGUAUUCUAUCACUGCUUCAGUCCUCAACUUUGGUCGUUGAAUCUGCAUGAUGAAAAAUACUUACAUAGACCCUAUCCACCAUGUUAUUUGUGCACAUAGUUAGUGACAUUAUAACACAUCAUUAAAAAAAUGUCAAUAAUGAGUUAAUUAAACUUCUCAUACAUUUAAUGAUGCUUAGAUUUAUUAGAAAGCCUUGUUAAAAAGCGCGCAUGUCGGAAGAAAAGGGAGAAUGUUCAUGUUCCUGGUUUAAGGAAGCAUGUCAUGAAGCAUAAAAACAAUCUGUAAUGAAAUAUAGUUUGCAUUUAUCUCCAGGUAUUACUGCAAUAUGCUAUCAAAUAAUGUAUGAAUCGUGAUGACAUUUUGAGUCAAGUAUUGACAAUUCAAUUUUCUUUUUGAGAUA